UACUUCUGCCAUGACUCCAACGAAACUACUCACUAACGACUAACAUCGAUUUUAUCCUAACCAAACCGACAAUAUGUAUUAUUUAUCACCGCUAAAGAUGGAGAAGAAGGAAAAUACAUUUGAAGAAGAUGAAUUUUAUACAGCAGCUGCAAAAUAUUGGGAACAUAUUCCACCUACAAUAGAUGGAAUGCUUGGUGGGUUUGGAUAUAUUUCUCAUAUUGAUAUAAAGGGUUCUACAAAAUUUUUGAAGGCUUUAUUUGAAUUAAACAGUCCUCCAUCUAAAACAUUUGCAUUAGAUUGUGGUGCAGGGAUAGGAAGGAUAACUAAGAAUUUAUUAUUAAAUCAUUUUAAAUAUGUUGAUUUAGUGGAGCAAAAUUCAAAUUUUCUAGAAGUUGCUAAAACGUGUUUAAAAAAUUAUUCUACAAGCAUUGGCAACUAUUAUUCCAUUGGACUGCAAAAUUUUCACUUUACUACCAAGAAGUAUGAUGUCAUUUGGUGUCAAUGGGUUUUGGGUCAUUUGGAGCAAGAUGAUUUAGUAACAUUUUUUAAAAAGUGUUCGUCAGGUUUAAACUCUAAUGGUUUAAUAGUAAUUAAGGAAAAUGUAACAAAUUCUAAAAAUUCAGAAAUUGAUACAAAGGAUUCAUCAGUGACACGACCACUUUCUGAAUUCUACCAUAUAUUCCAGGAAUCUAAGUUAGUUUGCAUCAAGGAAGAACAACAACAUAAAUUUCCACGUGGAUUGUAUCCAGUUUAUAUGUUUGCCUUAAAACCUGAUAACAAACUUUAA